AUGAACGCUAAGCUGGUGUUGCUGCUCAUCGCCGCCGUCGUGGCUGUCGCCUCUGCCGGCUACCAGAGGUAUUCUGGCGGUUACGGUGGCUAUUCUAGUGGAUACGGCGGCUACGGCCGCCGAUACGGUGGCUACGGCGGAGGAUAUGGUGGCUACGGCGGUGGAUACAGCGGCUACGGCGGUGGAUAUGGUGGUGGCUAUAGUAGCUACAACCGUGGCUAUGGUGGUUACGGCGGCAGCUAUAGUGGUUACAACCGCGUCUACGGCCACUAA